GGCAACCGCCUGCCGCCCCACUGACGGGGUCGCUGCGGCUGGCGGCUGGCGGCGGGGGGCUUCCCUUUGGGCCGGCUGACCCGGCUGCGGGCGGGCAGGAUGCGGGCGCUCCUAGCCCUGGUGGCGCUGCUGGGCAGCCUGCUCCUCUUCCUCUGCCUCGCGUGGCUCUCCGCCGAGGUCUCUCGCAAUGCCAGGGGCUGGGAGGAGGAGGUCAAAGCCACCACCGACGCCGUCCCCCGAGUGAUGAGAGCCCUCCGGUUCCCUUUCGCCUCUCUCCAAUUCGCUCCUCAAAUGGCCACCCAAAGAACAACUCCUAAUCAGACUGAAAUUCAGAAGCCAGAGCAAGCCUCCAAAUGCAAAGAGAUGUGGAGUAACAGUUGGGUUGCAACCAUCAGGAGGAAAAGGUAUGCAGAAGACUAUUAUUUGCAGGUUGUGAGAAGACUACAGAACUGCGCAUGGAACAAGAAGCCAAAAGAAUAUAACAAGUUCAAGUCAGAACUUGCCUCGUGCUGUGAUGCAGCUCACAACUUUAUCACUUCACAAAACAACACCCCGCUGGGAAGCAACAUGAGUUAUGAGGUGGACAAUAAAAAAACCAUCCACAUCACAGAGGAAAUAUUCAGGAUGCUACCUGAAUCUCAGCCUCUGGAGCACCCCUUCAGGAACUGUGCAGUGGUUGGAAAUGGAGGGAUUCUGAAGGACUCCAACUGUGGAGCAGAAAUUGACCAAUUUGACUUUGUUUUCAGAUGUAACCUUCCUCCCACCAUGGGAAGCAUCAGACACGAUGUUGGCAGUAAAACAAAUCUUGUGACCAUCAACCCGAGCAUUAUAUCCCAGAGAUAUAACAAACUGAAUGAAAAGAAGGCCACCUUCCUGGAGAAUAUUGCAAGCUACGGAGACGCUUUCCUUUUGUUACCAGCGUUUUCCUUCAGGAGCAACACUGCUGCUUCUUUCAAGGUGCACCACACUCUGAAGGAGUUCAGUGCAAAACAGAAAGCCAUCUUUUUCUUUCCCCGAUACCUCAGAAAUCUUGCCCAGUUCUGGAGGACUAAGGGAGUCAGAGCCUAUCGGCUGUCUUCUGGCUUUAUGAUCACCAGCGCUGCUUUGGAACUGUGCGAGAAUGUAAAGCUUUAUGGCUUCUGGCCUUUCUCAAAAAAUGUAGCAGGUACUCCAAUCAGCCACCACUACUAUGAUAACCAACUACCCAAACCUGGUUUCCAUGCAAUGCCCAAAGAGUAUAACCAGAUUCUCCAGCUGCAUGGAAGGGGUAUCCUCAAGCUGCAGUUUGGCAAAUGUCUACCUGACUAGCCCAAGAGUGAUGAUUGCCAAGGAAAGCGUUGGUAUGCGCCUCAUGCAGUCAAAUGUUGGAUUUGAUCAAAUGUCCAUUUGUGAGCAUAAAACUGUACUAUUAUUUUAAUUCAAAAAAUAUUUUGCACUUAAGAAUGGCAGUCUUCUUUUUUUGUGACAUAGUGGCCGGUGUGAUUUUAGAUCUCGUAAUCUGACUUUUUACAUAAACAAGAUUUUCAAAAUCCACAGUACACACUGUAGUUAACAAAGCACAAUCUCAGGAUGAUAGUUGUCAGUGAAGUUUGUAUGGUUUUGGCUUGCCAAGUAGUUAUAAUUUUUUACAGUGCUUCUGUUUUGUUAAUAUCAUCUAGGGUGGUUGAACGAUGUCUACUAUAAUAGCUUUGUCAUACUGUAUGACUGCUCUUUUUUUUUGUUGUUGAACUGUGAAAUACAUACCUGAUUCAGCCAUG